UGAAGACUUGCUGCCUUCAUCCUGAAAAUGUCCCGGAGAAGCAUAGACUAUGGGGACCUACCAGAAUAUGAGAAGAGUCAAAUCAAAAGGACCCUGGAGCUGGGCACUGUCAUGACAGUGUAUAGCCUCAAAAAGAGUAAUCCAGAGAGGAGGACAAUCCAGGUCAUUAUGGAAACCAGGCAGGUAGCAUGGAGUAAGACAUCUGACAAGAUAGAAGGAUUCUUGGAUUUGAUGGAAAUAAAGGAAAUACGACCAGGGAAAAAUUCAAAGGAUUUCGAGCGCGGCAAAGCAGCACGGCAAAAAGAUGAACUCUGUUUCACUGUUUUUUAUGGUACCCAGUUUGUUCUCAACACUUUAAGCUUAGCAGCUGACUGCAAGGAUGAUGCUGACAAAUGGCUGUGUGGCUUAAAUAUUUUGCAUCAGGAAGCUAUGAAAGCUGCUACACCGGCAAUUACAGAGAGCUGGCUGAGAAAGCUGAUUUACUCUGUGGAUCAGUCUAGAAGGAACAGCAUCAGCCUUAGAGAGCUGAAGACUGUGCUUCCGUCAGUAAACUUCAAAGUGAGCAGUGUGAAGUUCCUGAAAGAUAAGUUUUCAGAAAUAAAAGCUGUUAAAGAAGAGCUUAGCUUUGAGCAAUUCCAUCUCUUCUACAAGAAAGUUAUGUUUGAGCAACAGAAAUCGAUUCUUGAUGAAUUCAAGAAGGAUUCCACUAUGUUCCUUCUAGGAAACACCGAUCGUCCAGAUGCGUCAGCAGUGCAUUUGCAUGACUUUCAGAGAUUUUUGCUACACGAACAACAGGAAUCUUGGGCACAGGAUCUUAAUAAAGUAAGAGAACGGAUGUCUAAAUUUAUUGAUGACACUAUGAGAGAAACUGAUGAACCCUUUCUCUAUGUUGAUGAGUUCCUUACUUACCUUUUUUCAAAAGAAAACAGUAUAUGGGAUGACAAGUAUGACUCAAUUGACCCUCAGGACAUGAAUAAUCCUUUGUCCCACUAUUGGAUUUCUUCUUCACAUAACACAUAUCUCACAGGAGACCAGCUUCGUAGUGAGUCUUCUCCAGAAGCUUACAUUAGAUGUCUUCGAAUGGGAUGCCGAUGUAUUGAGUUGGAUUGCUGGGAUGGUCCUGAUGGAAAACCCAUCAUUUAUCAUGGAUGGACACGGACAACAAAAAUUAAAUUUGACGAUGUUGUGCAGGCAAUCAAGGAACAUGCAUUUGUCACAUCUGAGUACCCAGUGAUUUUGUCAAUUGAGGAACAUUGCACCUUGGAUCAGCAACGCUACAUUGCCAAAGUGUUCAGGGAGGUGUUUGGGGACCAGCUUCUAACAAAGCCUAUUGAAGCUAGUGCAGAUCAGCUACCUUCACCCACUCAACUGAAAGAAAGGUUCAUCAUCAAGCAUAAAAAAUUGGGCCCAAAAGGUGAUGUAGAUGUGAACACAGAAGAUAAGAAAGAGGAAAAAAAGCAACAAGGAGAACUUUACAUGUGGGACACCAUAGACCAGAAAUGGACUCGUCAUUAUUGUGCUAUAGCCAAUGAAAAGCUCUCAUUCAGUGACGAUAUAGAGCAGAACAUAGAAGAAGAACCAUCAAAGGACGUGCAGCGUACAGAGUUGCACUAUGGUGAGAAAUGGUUCCAUGGGAAAAUGAAAGAAGGGAGAACCACUGCAGAGAAGCUGCUCCAAGAAUAUUGUGCUGAAAUGGGUGGCAAGGAUGGGACGUUCCUAGUGAGGGAGAGUGAAGCUUUCCCUAAUGACUACACCCUGUCCUUCUGGAGAUCUGGUAGAGUCCAGCACUGCCGUAUCCGUUCCUCAACUGAUGGAGAUACUAUAAAAUAUUACUUGACUGACAACCUUACCUUUGAUAGCAUCUGUGAUCUAGUUCAACAUUAUAAAGAAGCACACUUGCGGUGUGCAGAGUUUGAACUACGGUUGACUGAUCCUGUGCCUAGCCCCAAGCCUCAUGAAUCUAAAAACUGGUACUACAGUAACCUGAGCCGAGGAGAAGCAGAAGACAUGCUGAUGCGAAUUCCUAGGGACGGAGCUUUUUUAAUAAGGAAGAGAGAUGAACCCGAUUCCUAUGCCAUGACUUUCAGAGCUGAGGGGAAAGUGAAGCACUGCCGAAUCAAGCAAGAAGGCCGCCUCUUUGUCAUAGGAACAUCGGCUUAUUUUGAGAGUUUAGUGGAAUUGGUGAACUACUACGAGAAGCAUCCGUUGUACAGGAAAAUGAAAUUGCGCUAUCCUGUGACUGAGGAACUGCUGGAACGUUACAGCAUGGAGAAAGACCCUAGCUCGUUAUAUGAUCUCAAGAUGUAUGUGGUGCCCAAUGAAAUAACGCCUUCUGUGCCACAGAGAACUGUCAAAGCCUUAUAUGACUACCAAGCUAAAAGAGAAGACGAGCUGACUUUUUGCCGGGGGGCCUUAAUUCAUAACGUCUCCAAAGAAUCUGGUGGUUGGUGGAAAGGAGAUUAUGGAUGCAAAGUUCAGCACUAUUUUCCAUCCAAUUAUGUUGAAGACAUGUCAUCCGAUAGCAUGGAACAACUUGAGAACCAGAUAAUUGAGGACAAUCCUUUAGGAUCAUUAUGUCGGGGUAUUUUGGACCUCAAUAUGUAUAAUGUUGCAAAAAUGCCACAGGGAAAACAUGGAAAGGAUUUUGUCUUCAUCCUGGAGCCGAAGAAUAGCAGCGAUCCUCCUGUUGAGUUUGCAACUGAGAAAGUGGAAGAGCUGUUCGAGUGGUAUCAAAGCGUCAGGGAAAUCACAUGGAGAACUACCGAAAAGGCAAAUAACAAGAUAAUCUGGGAAAAGAAGCAGUUAAUUGCCAUGGAAUUAUCUGAUCUAGUAAUCUACUGCAUACCUACCAGCAAAACCAAGGAGAAUCUAGAAAAUCCUGAUUUCAAAGAAAUCCGUUCUUUUGUGGAGACCAAGGCAGAAAGCAUAGUCAAGCAGAAGGCUGUGGACCUGCUAAAAUACAAUCAGAAGGGACUGACGCGGAUAUAUCCGAAAGGGCAGAGAGUGGACUCCUCAAAUUAUGAUCCUUUCCGCUUCUGGUUUUGUGGCUCGCAGAUGGUGGCUCUUAAUUACCAGACGCCAGAUAAAUACAUGCAAAUGAACCAUGCCUUGUUUUCGCUCAACGGACGGACUGGUUAUGUACUACAGCCAGAAAGCAUGAGGAAUGAGGCAUAUGAUCCAGUGCCAAAUGAAUCCAAGAAGAAACUACAGAUGAUCUUGACAGUGAGGGUCAUUGGUGCUCGCCAUCUUCCCAAGCCUGGCAGGAGUAUUGCCUGCCCAUUUGUAGAGGUGGAAAUUUGUGGGGCUGAAUAUGACAACAAUAAAUUCAAGACAACUGUUGUGAAUGACAAUGGCCUUAACCCAGUUUGGUCAUCCCAGGAGCAAGUGAAGUUUGAAAUUUAUGACCCAAAUCUAGCGUUUCUGCGCUUCGUUGUCUAUGAGGAGGACAUGUUCAGUGAUCCUAAUUUCUUAGCCCAUGCCACUUUUCCUAUCAAAGGAAUCAAAUCAGGCUUUCGGUCAGUCCCUCUCAAAAAUGGAUAUAGCGAGGAUAUAGAGCUGGCUUCCCUCUUGGUUUAUUGCGAGAUGCAGCAAAUCCUGGAAAGUGAAGAAGAUCUCUAUUCAUCCUUUCGGCAGCUACGGCAGCGCCAAGCAGAACUGAACAAUCAGUUAUACGACACCCGGAGGAACUUAAGGAGUCCUAACCGAGACGCUUUAUUGCAAGAGUUCAAUGUGAAUGAGGGUCAGCUGCAAGUGUAUCAAGAGACAUGCAACAGGAGACUGAAGGAGAAAAGAGUCAGCAACAGCAAAUUCUACUCCUAGAAGAAUGCAUUUCCUUUGGCGUGUUAUUUAUAAAACCACCUGGUGGAACUGCGCUCCCAAGUUGUCUGGGAGGAGAGGAUGUCUUACCACGUGCCUCAACUGUCACUAUUUGGAUUAUAUUGUCUUUGAAAUCACAUCCUAACUUAGUAACAUGAGAAGUUAAACCAUCAGAUAUAUUAUGGACCAAGCAAGGUUAUUUCUACACAGUAGCUUGAAGAAUGUCAGAUUUUGAAGGAAAACAACUUUUCUUGUGUGUUUUAGAAACCUUAGAUUGUAAAAUCUGUAUUUGAUUUAUGGGUCUGAAAUUUUAUUUAUUUUUAAUGUAUGUGUACAUCAGAAGUCUGUGAGUGAGUGUAAGUAUGAAGGCUGACUGGCACUAAAUUUACAUGGAUUUGUACUAUUUUGGGACAGAUUAAAAAGUGCCUAACAAUUACAAA